AAAGGAAAGAACUUGCAAUGUUUAUUGUUGUUUAAGAAAGAUUUUAUCUGUAGAAGAGAAGAAAACUUAAACGGCUUCGAAAUAUAGACUAAACUAGCAUUUUAGGGGAUUAAGUAAACUUUUCGUGUGUGUGAUAUUUAGGGAGUUCCAAAUCAUGAAGUUUUAUUUGUUUUAUAUUAUAUCUGCUGAAAUGCUGCUACAAAAUGCCUUAACCAUACAUCGCACAUUGCGCCAUUACGAAGUUCUCUCAAAAGACUCUGUGACGCACAAAAUCGUGAAAAGAGGUGCUAAACAAAGCUCACAUCCGUACAAUGUCAUUAAAGAAGUGGAAUUCAAAACAUUGGGUAAAAAUUUUCGGCUAAUAUUACACCCACAUCGCGAAGUACUUCAUAGCAACUUUAAAGCAUAUUCAGUUGAUGGAGAUGGCAAUGAAACUGUUGUCCAUUUAGAUCACGAUAACUUUUAUGCUGGUAGAGUUUUUGGAGAAAUGGAGUCAUCAGUACGUGCUCAUAUUGCGGAUGGUUUGAUGACAAUGUCAAUACAUUUACCAGAGGAAAUUUAUCAUAUAGAGCCUUCAUGGCGUCAUUUACCUACUGUUGGGAACAGUUCUAUGGUUGCAUACAAAAUUUCGGAUGUGAAACUUAACUGGAACCGUGGAAGUAAUGAAUUAGGUGGCAUGGCUUCAACAUGCGGUUACGUAAAAGAAGGCUUAGAAUUAGAAACUCUCGACGAAAAUGAGAAUGAAAUAUAUCAUAAACACAAAACAAGUAGUCAUUUGACAGAUGAAAGUCAUAAACAAGUGCAUAAACGUGCAAAACGGCAGGCUGACCAGUAUGAAUACACUCCUACCAAAACACGUUGCCCGCUUUUAUUGGUAGCAGAUUACAGGUUUUUUCAGGAAAUGGGUGGAAGUAAUACAAAAACUACUAUUAAUUAUUUGAUAAGUCUUAUAGACCGUGUACACAAGAUUUAUAAUGAUACAGUGUGGCAAGAUCGUUCAGAUCAAGAGGGAUUUAAGGGUAUGGGAUUUGUUAUAAAAAAAAUUGUUGUUCAUUCUGAACCCACUCGACUUCGUGGUGGUGAAGCUCAUUAUAAUCAAAUUCGGGAAAAGUGGGAUGUCCGUAACCUUUUGGAGGUCUUUUCACGGGAAUAUAGUCAUAAAGAUUUUUGUUUAGCUCAUCUUUUUACUGACUUAAAAUUUGAAGGCGGAAUCUUAGGUUUGGCUUAUGUUGGUUCGCCUCGACGAAAUUCAGUUGGUGGAAUAUGCACUCCAGAAUACUUUAAAAAUGGUUACACCCUUUACUUAAAUUCCGGUCUCAGUAGUUCGAGAAAUCAUUAUGGACAACGCGUAAUAACACGUGAAGCGGACUUGGUGACUGCACAUGAAUUUGGACAUAACUGGGGAUCCGAACAUGAUCCAGAUAUACCUGAAUGUUCACCCAGUGCUUCACAAGGUGGAAGUUUCUUGAUGUAUACGUAUUCUGUUAGCGGAUACGAUGUUAAUAACAAGAAAUUUUCUCCCUGUUCCCUACGCUCAAUACGUAAAGUGUUACAAGCUAAAUCUGGUCGAUGCUUCUCUGAACCAGAAGAGUCAUUUUGCGGAAACUUGCGUGUUGAGGGAGACGAGCAAUGUGAUGCUGGACUGCUAGGAACAGAAGACAAUGAUGCAUGCUGUGACAAAAACUGUAAACUGCGUCGUAAUCAAGGUGCUGUAUGUAGUGACAAAAAUUCACCAUGUUGUCAGAAUUGUCAAUUUAUGCCAGCUGGCAUGAAAUGCCGGGAAGCUCAAUAUGCUACUUGCGAACAGGAAGCACGUUGUACGGGUGUAAUUGCAGAAUGUCCAAAAUCACCACCAAUGGAUGAUGGCACAAUAUGUCAAGAACGUGGACAAUGUCGUAACGGUAAAUGCGUACCGUAUUGCGAGACGCAAGGAUUGCAGAGUUGUAUGUGCGACAUAAUUCAGGAUGCCUGCAAACGUUGUUGUCGUAUGAGUAUCAAUGAGACGUGCUUUCCUGUAGAACCUCCAGACGUUUUGCCAGACGGAACACCAUGUAUACAAGGAUUUUGCAAUAAAGGCGUAUGUGAAAAAACAAUUCAAGACGUCGUCGAGAGGUUUUGGGAUAUAAUUGAAGAAAUAAACAUCAACCGUGUUCUGAGGUUUUUAAAAGACAACAUAGUCAUGGCGGUUGUGGUUUUAACAUCAAUAUUUUGGAUUCCGGCUAGCUGUGUCAUUUCGUACUUUGAUCGGAAAAGAUUAAGGCAUGAAAUGAAACAAAUUGAUUGGAGUCAAAAAUUAGAUUUAAUACACCCAAGCGAUAGGCGACGUGUCAUACAUAUAAGAGUGCCUCGUCAGAAAAUAUCUGUAGCCCGAAUGCAAUAAUUAACGCACAUUUCCUUACUCAUAUAUAAAAAUAUUCAACAAGUUUGCAUUAGAAACUUUCAAAUAUAAAAAUACAAACAUUAAACUUUU